UGCCCUCCGCGCGCUGCGCAUGCGCACUGCCACUGUCCGGGCUCGUGCGGGGCCCGUGACGAGGCGAUCCAGCGGGAGUGUUAGCUGUGUAAUGGCGGCUUCGGUGUUGCUCUCCGCGGAAAGCGCCGUGCCCUUGUUUACCGUCGGCCCCCCCGCCGCAGCUGCGGCGGCGGGAGCUGCUCAUCACGGAUUACCCAGUGCUCCUGGAGCCGCGUCCUGGAGCCGCUCGCUGGACCGGGCGCUGGACGAGGCGGCGGCCACCGGAGCGCUCACCCUCAGCGGCAGGAAGCUGAAGGAGUUCCCGCGGAGCGCCGCCGGACACGACCUGACCGACACCACCCGCGCCGAUCUAUCACGAAACAGACUGACAGAGCUGCCGGUGGAGGUGUGCAUGUUUGUGUCGCUGGAGAGUUUGAACCUGUACCAGAACUGCCUGCGUUCACUACCAGAGCGUCUGAUAAACCUACAGUCCCUCACCUACCUAAACAUCAGUCGGAACCAGUUGUCCACUCUUCCUGCUCAUCUGUGCCGUCUGCCGCUCAAAGUUCUGAUCGCCUGCAAUAACAAGCUGGUAUCGCUGCCGGAGGAUCUGGGCAAACUCAGACAGCUCACCGAACUGGACGUCAGCUGUAAUGAGAUCCAGACGCUUCCUCCACAGAUCGGUCAGCUGGAAGCUCUGCGCGACCUCAACAUCCGCAGAAACCACCUCGUUCGCCUGCCUCCUGAGUUGGCCGAGCUGCCGUUGGUCCGGCUUGAUUUUUCCUGUAACAAGGUAACGACGAUCCCAGUAUGCUACCGCAAUCUCAGACACCUCCAGAGCAUCAUUCUGGACAACAAUCCUCUCCAGAGCCCACCUGCACAGAUCUGUAUAAAGGGAAAGAUCCAUAUAUUUAAAUAUCUGAACAUGGAGGCAUGUAAAGCAGCAUCAGACCUUCCAGACUACGACAGAAGGCCACUGCCUUUCGGAUCCUGUGCAGAGGAUUUGUGUUCUGGCCGGCUGUACGGAGCUCUGGACUCUGGCUUUAACAGUGUGGACAGUGGAGACAAGAGGUGGUCUGGAAAUGAGCCUUCAGACGAGUUGUCAGACUUGCCUUUAAGAGUGGCGGAAAUCACCAGAGAGCAAAGACAGAGACGAGAUCGAGAAAGAGAACGUGAGGAUCAUUGGACGGGGUCUCACGUAACCAAUGGCGCAUUGGAAGCAGAGCUUGAACAGAUAGACUUCAUUGAUAGCUGUACGGGGGAUGAUGAGGAUGAGGAUGGGUGGAGCCGUAAAGGGGCGGAGCCUGUCAGCCUCAGCUCACAGUUUAUGGCCUACAUUGAAAGACGAAUCACCAGAGAGGGGUCACCCGUGAAGACCAGCCCAUCCAGAGACUUAAGAACUGAUGAUCCAAGACGCCAAAUCUCCUUACAUAACCGUGGUGGCUCAGAUACAGCGGUCACAUCUUCAUACGCUCAUAAUCAGCGUUCUGGUGGCGGUGUGGAGAGAGUGAGACGGGAAGCUCAGCUGGCAGCUCUGCGGUACGAGGAGGAGAGACAGAAAACAAGAUCAGUGCAAAGAGACGCCGUUAUGAAUUACGUCAAGCACAAGUCGUCUCAGAGCCCAACGAAGCCCAGUCCGACAGACAGUGAGAGUCUGUACCCCUCCAGACGGUCCACUCACACCGAUGACUCCGCCCUCUUCAUGAGUGAGUUUGAGCCCCUACUGAUAUUUGAGAUAGACACAGGUACCAACACUAUAAAGAAGAGGCCAGACCCUCACAAACAGUCUCUCUCUGCUGUGCCGCUGGAUGGCCGUGUGUCUCCCACUUUAUCCGUGGCCUCCUGUAUGCCACAGCAAGGAGAAGAUUAUGGCUCGCUGUCUCCCACCGGCCUCCAGUCCCCGUCUCCCUCCCGUGGCCCCAGCCAGAGACCUGAGAGUUACCUCUUCUGCCUCAGUCAGCGAGAGGAGAAGAAAAAAGAAGAAUCAGGCACACAGAAGGCGGAGCCAGUGGAAGCCACGCCCACACAGAGUCCCGCCCCCACGGGACAGGAGGCUAUGCUGAUAGAGCAGCUGAGAAGGAAUAUCGAGUGUCGACUCAAGGUGUCCUUACCCAGUGAUCUUGGGGCAGCUUUGACUGACGGGGUCGUGUUGUGCCAUCUGGCCAACCACGUACGUCCCCGAUCCAUACCGAGCAUCCAUGUACCCUCACCGGCAGUGCCCAAACUGACGAUGGCCAAGUGUCGACGUAAUGUAGAGAACUUCCUAGAGGCCUGCCGCAGAAUUGGAGUUCCUCAGGAUAGUUUGUGUUCAGCGGGUGACGUCCUAAAAGGGGAGGUGGUUUGUGUGUUUAGGCUGGUUGAGGCCUUGCUCUCUCUGGCACCGCCUCCCUUUCGCUCCACCCCUUCUUCCCAGCUGGCUGGAUUUGCUCUUUUCUACCUGUCAAUCAUGUCGCUGCUAUGCGCUCUCUACUGCCACCUGGUGCCAAGCCUUUAAAUUGCACUUCCAUGUUGCUCACUGCACUAAAAUAGCCAAUUGUUUGUCUUUGGGCAGAAUUACACAAUAGCUGGCGUUUACGCACACAGAUGUUACGUUUAUAGUGUUUUCUAGUGCACAUAAUCGAUACUUCGCUAAGCUCCGCCCCCUCUGCGUAUAGUUGCUUGCUUAGGCUUUAUAAAAUAACAUUCAUGCAAAUUUCUUAAAGGGAUACAAUUUGGUUUAAUGGUAUUAAUACAUGGACUGGAAAGAAUUGUGAUGAAAGAAUGUGCUG